UUGGCCGCCCAGUCUAUUCCGCGCCUUCAAGCUUCAAGGAAGGCUUCGAAUUUUUUUUUAAUUAAACUUACAUAUUGCUGAUAUAAAAAAAAAUCAUUACCACAAACUUUAUAGAAUGUGUGCUACGAAUUAAUAAGCAAUUUUUCAGUUAGACAAAUUAAAAAAUAUACUGUUUUUUUUUCUUUAUGGUUGUUUAAAUAAUGUAAUUUAUUUUUAAGAGAACAAAAAUGGAACGAGUACUAAUUUUGAUAACAACAAUACUACUAUUAAUCGAACCGACAACGCGAGCAGAAGAGACGGUCCACUCAUCUGUCUCGCCGCCGACGUUGCAAGACGCUCUGUACCGACAAAGUCGGAGCUAUUAUGACUACCGCUACGGAAGACCAGAUUACGGCCGAAGAGUUUACGAGAGACCACGCUGCGGUCGUUGCUAUGACGACGACGACGAUGACGACAGCGAAGAAGUCCGCCAUAGACCACGAAGCAAAACGAGAAGUCGUUACGACAGUGAGGAAGACGAUAGACGAACGGACGACAGAAGAACAGACGACAGACGCACAGACGACAGAAACUCAAAUAAAAAUGGAACUGAAGAGGAAAAUGGCGACAGAAAAAACGACAGACACAGCGGAAGAAGGAGAAAUAAAGACAGACAUAGAAACGAUGACAGAGAUAGAUACAGGCCGGAUUAUUAUGACAGAUUCUUGAGGGAUCCGUACAGAGAUAGAGAUUACGAUAGACCGUAUUAUGAAGAUUAUUAUAGAGGUAGAAGGCCGUAUCCGGAUAGGUAUGAUGAAUACCAAGGAACAUACAAUGGCUACGGAGGAUAUAGAAGACCGUAUGACAGAUAUGACGAUGGUUAUGGCGGAUAUGGACCAAGUGAUGGCGGCGGUCCCCACGGCAGUUUCAGACCUUGGGAUGAAACGUAUCGUGGUCAAUCAGGAUGGGACGCAGGUGGUAGGGGCUACUAUUUCGCUUCAGGAAGACCCGACGCCACCUCGGCCCAGGCAUGGGGUCGACCCGAGUAUACCAGACCGCAAGCGGACAACUGGCAGAGUACAGGGUACUCUGGAUACCGCGACCCCCUGGAGUACCGCGGGUCAGUGGGCUCCGUGGGGUAUGGCCGUGGUGGGUACCGCCAGGAUCUCAGCUACGGGCAGAGUAGCAGCGGAUGGCGCAGCGUUGGUCGACCUUAUAGAGACGAAAGUGGAGUUAAAAAUCUGGGCGCCAAAAGCUAUCAAGACAAUCGCCAAGCAACUUACAGCCAAUCCAGCACGUAUCCGCCAACGUUUGGACCAACUGAAGUUUAUAGUCAAAGCAGCGCGUAUGGUCAAGCCGGGGUGUAUGGCCAAACUGGAUCGUAUGGCCAAAAUAGCGUCUAUGGCCAGCUAGGUGUAUACGGCCAAAGCAAUUCUGCCCAAAUAAACCCGUACGGACGCGACUACGUACAAAGUAGCUCCACUACACAAGAAACAAGCUACUUGUUCCAACGCGAAGAUAAUUUGCCAACAAACGUUAAUGAGACCGCCAAACGGGAUACUUCAUUAGUAAAUAACUGAAAAACAGUAUUUUUUUAGUCUUUUCUUAUGUGUUUUAUUUUGUAUUAAAUUUAUUAA